CACCCCACCCCCAUUUGCCGGCCUCUCUCCCCGGGUCAUAUAAUAUAAAAGCUGAGGAUUCCGGUCAACUCCAGCAGUCAGGUUUAGAACCUUACUCAGUCAGAAUGUGUGACGACGAUGUUGCUGCCCUGGUAGUUGAUAAUGGAUCUGGAAUGUGUAAAGCAGGAUUUGCUGGAGAUGAUGCUCCUAGAGCUGUUUUCCCUUCAAUAGUUGGUAGACCUCGUCACCAGGGGGUUAUGGUUGGUAUGGGGCAGAAGGAUGCUUAUGUCGGAGAUGAAGCACAGAGCAAAAGAGGUAUUCUAACCCUGAAGUACCCUGUUGAGCACGGUAUUAUCACUAACUGGGAUGAUAUGGAGAAGAUCUGGCAUCAUACUUUCUAUAACGAGCUCAGGGUUGCUCCUGAGGAACAACCUGUUCUACUUACCGAGGCUCCCCUCAAUCCUAAGGCCAAUAGAGAGAAGAUGUGCCAAAUAAUGUUUGAAACCUUCAACAUGCCAGCAAUGUAUGUUGCUAUUCAAGCAGUUCUAUCCCUAUAUGCUUCUGGACGUACAACUGGUAUUGUUAUGGACUCUGGAGAUGGUGUAUCACACACUGUUCCAAUCUAUGAGGGUUAUGCUCUCCCUCAUGCUAUUCUUCGCCUGGAUUUAGCUGGUAGAGAGCUAACCAACUAUCUUAUGAAGAUUCUCACUGAGAGAGGAUAUGCUUUUACCACCACAGCUGAGAGGGAGAUUGUACGGGAUAUCAAGGAAAAGCUGUGUUAUGUUGCGCUGGAUUUUGAACAGGAAAUGUCUACAGCAGCAGCUUCGACAUCUCUAGAGAAGUCCUAUGAGCUACCUGACGGUCAGGUUAUCACUAUAGGAAACGAAAGGUUCAGGUGUCCAGAAGCUCUCUUCCAACCUUCCUUCCUGGGUAUGGAGGCCUGUGGUAUCCAUGAGACUACCUUCAACUCCAUCAUGAAGUGUGAUGUUGAUAUUCGUAAGGAUCUCUACGCUAACAGUGUCCUGUCCGGUGGUACCACCAUGUACCCCGGUAUUGCUGACAGGAUGCAGAAGGAGAUCACUGCCCUGGCCCCUAGCACCAUCAAGAUCAAAAUCAUUGCUCCACCUGAGAGGAAGUACUCCGUCUGGAUCGGAGGAUCAAUCCUGGCCUCCCUCUCCACCUUCCAGCAGAUGUGGAUCUCCAAGCAGGAGUAUGAUGAGUGCGGACCAGCAAUUGUUCACAGAAAAUGCUUCUAA